AUGAUUACCAAAGCAUUACAACAUGCAUUAAAGAAGGGUUCUGGUUCUAUUAUACCUCGACAACAUUUUCAUCGUGCUCGAGUCUCGUUUAAUAGAAUAAAACAUUUUAUGGAUUUUCUAUUCGAUCAUGAUUUCGUACAGGACGUCGCGUACGGCACAACAAAGAUUCGAACAAUGAAUGAAACAUUCACAAUACCACUCGUUGUUAAAAAAUGCAUUAAUUCUCAUAUAGUUUAUGCCUACGAUGAAUACUGUCAACAAAUUUCCUUUAAACGUCUAUCAAACCGUUCGUUAUAUCGUGUAUUAAAUGAAUGUAAAAUGUCUCAACGAAAGUCGCUUGCUGGUCUUGAUGAUUACACCGCAGGUGGAACAGAAAGCUUCGAUGUCUUAGAGAAUCUCGUUACAUCAUUACCAAUUACAAAAUACGAACAAAAACGAAUAAUAAUGCAAUUACAUGAAGCUAAAAGAUAUUUAAAAAACGGAUUUUCGUUAAAUUUAUCAUUACAGUCAAAUGUUGCCUCGCAUUGUGUCAACUUUGCUCUUUCCGAUUCUGAUUCGAAAAGUAAAGAUCAAUGUGAUAGAGAAAGUACAUGCACGAAAACACAUCGUGAUUAUUACAUAUCUGCUGGAAAUAGCGUCACAACUGCUCUUCAAAUGAAACAAGCUGCUGAAUGGAGUGGAGGAGUCAAAGACACGAAAGUCGCAGUUGUCAAUAUUGAAGAGAACGGUACAAAGCUUAAUCCUGCAAAACAAUCAUCCCAACAAACAAAACCAUCAUCAAAAAAGUCGUCAAUUUUAUUCUGCUCAAACUUACAUUGUGUGUCAACAUUUGCUGAUGUUAAAGAACUUGAACAACAUUUAAAAACCAGCCAACAUGAGUAUUUGCAAGAAAAUACUGAUGCUCAAAGUCUUUCGAUUACAGAAAAAGCAAAGAUUUCUUUUAUUGAUCACCUUAAAGGUGCCUCAAAUAUCAAUAAUUCAACUACACAUUCUGUUGCAUCAAUUUCCACAUCAUCUACAACGAAAAACUCUCUUCCUAAUUCUAUUUGGAUGGAUCGAGGUUGGGCUCAACAAAAACGAUCAAUGAGAAUUUCGUUAUCGAUACAACAAAUCAAGUUCUUAAACAAAUUGUAUGAACGUGGCGAAAAAUCAAAAAAGAAAGUCUCUGCGGCUGAAGCAGCAGACUUAAUGCGAACAGAAAGUGAUAAUAAGAAUAAUAAGCUAUUUCGUCCUCAUCAAUAUUUGAAUAAAAAACAAAUUGCAAAUUAUUUUUCGUCGAAAACAGCUAAUCGAAGAAAGUCACUUCAAUCUUUAUCAAGUGCAGUUGAUGAAGAGAUCAAUGACGAUGAUGAAGAUGAAGAUACUGCUCAACGCCAACAGCAACGGUUAGAUGAUGAUGAACCAGUUGUGACUGCUAAAGCUUCGUACUAUCUAAAAAAAACCACCUAUACAGCUAUAACAAAUAGAGAAUCAGGCGACGAGGAAGAAGAAUCAGAUCAAGACCGGCAUUCAGAUGGAAGUGAAACAUCAGAUGAUGAUACUGAUUCAGAUGGAGGUGAAACAUCAGGCAAUGAUACUGAUUAA